AUGAUGGCGCCCCAAAUCCCGAGCUUCGACGACCUGCCACCUGUGGAGGGUAUGCCCCAGGGUUGUGCCUGGGGUGUCUUUGACAAAGACGGCCAGAAAGAUAUCUAUGGAACUCUCAAUCUGCUCACACCCGACGUGGUCAAGGCUGCGGCUGCGGAGGUGCAGGAAGGCAUCUCAAUCUCUCUGAAUUGGCCAAUUGGGAGUAUCAAAAUGCCCAACUUCUUUCGGAAGAGUCUCUCGCAUAAGGUCCUCAAACUUGAGGAUCACCAGGCUGGUUUACAUUAUGGGUUUGAUGAUGAGGUCGAAUUCAAUACCCAAGCUAGCAGCCAGUGGGAUAGCCUCUGCCAUUUUAUGCACGUUCCCACAGGCCUAGCAUACAAUGGAAUUCAGCCGACAGUAGAAGAGCUUCAGGACCCUACCACUCGACAGAAGCUUCCUACACUCGAUCAUUGGCAUGCCCGUGGUGGUGUCACCGGUCGAGGAGUCCUAAUUGAUUUCAAAAGCUAUGCCGAGGCCAAAGGUAUCUCAUACUCCCCAUUCUCGAGAUUCCGAAUUGGUAUCUCCGAUAUCGAAGCAGUGGCUGCGUAUCAAGGCAUCACUUUUCGCCAGGGGGAUAUUCUCAUAGUCCGCUUUGGGGUUACGGAGGAACUGGGCCGCAUGAAUGGCGACGAACAAGCUGCGGCGAUGUCUAGUCAUCAUGUCUGUGGAUUGGAAGGCACCCCCGAAAUGGCUCGCUGGUUAUGGAACCAGCAUUUUGCCGCCGUCGCGAGUGAUAAUAUCGCCGUGGAAGCCAUGCCGCCUAUAGUCGAUGGACAGGAACAACCGCUAAUUCACCUGGUCCUCCAUCAAUGGUGUCUCAGUUUAUUUGGCUUGCCACUUGGCGAGUUAUGGGAUCUUCAGGCGCUGGCAGACCAAUGUGAGGCCAGCCAGCGUUACAGUUUCUUUCUCACUUCGUCGCCAUUGAAUGUACCAGGAGGAGUUGGAAGUCCGCCAAAUGCGUUAGCCAUUCUAUAG